AUGGCGUUGCACACGGCUCACAGGCCAAAGUCACGAGCCAAGCGGUGUUUUACCUCGAGCCGCUUAGCUGAUGUUCCGGUGCCUUUGUAUGGUACACAGUCUAGUACCAAGUACACGGCUUUUCACAUCCGGGAAUGUCAACCACCAAAAGACCAGCACACCGGUCACGGACACAGCUCUCGCACACAGAGCUCUCUCUCUCUCUCUCUCUCUCUCUCUCUCUCUCUCUCUCUCUCUCUCUCUCUCUCUCUCUCUCUCUCUCUCUCUCUCUCUCUCUCUUUUUCUUUCUUUCUCUUCGCUCUUCUCUCUCUUUGCGAUGAGGUCACUCUGGGCGGUGUUUGGAAUGGCGGUGGUGGUGGAGCUGGAAUCGUUGCGAGCGGCUUGCGAGCGGCAAGCGCACACCACCUCGGCGCCAUCCACCCUGCCACCCAUACCGCCGGCGCCGUUGAUCCACAAUGGGGAUGUUGGGUGCAAUCUUGA